AUGAUAAGAGACUCGCGUGUGGAGUUCCAGAGAACCCCAAAACAGGAACCAGAAAACAGCUGCAGAAAUUUGAUAGAGUCCGUAUUCCAGCUGGAGCACAAAGUCAUCACAUUGGUGAAGAAUGAACUGAACAAUUUAAAGAAGCUACUGAGUGCUGAUUACCCAGCAUGCUCUGAGAGGGAGGAGAAAGCGGAGGAGGAGGAUCUGGACCGUAUUAGAGAGAGUGUGCUGAAGAUCACACUGCGUAUCCUGAAGAACCUGAAGCAGAAAGAUCUCGCUCACCAACUGCAGAUCAAGCUGGCCUCUGUAUAUCAGCGAAAACUCAAAUCCAGACUUGGAGAUAAAUUUAAAAGGAUAAAUGAAGGAAUCUCCCAGCAUGGGACAUCAGUACUUCUGAAUCAGAUCUACACAGAGCUCUACAUCACAGAGGGCUGGAGUGAAGACAUCAGUGAUGAACAUGAGGUGAGACAGAUUGAGACAGUGUCCAGGAGACCAGUAACAGAGGAGAAACCCAUCAAAUGUAAUGAUCUCUUUAAAUACACGUCCAUCAGAAGUGUGCUGACUAAAGGAGUUGCUGGAAUUGGAAAAACUGUCUCUGUGCAGAAGUUCAUUCUGGACUGGACUGAAGGGAAAGUGAAUCAGGACGUCACCUUUAUGUUUCCACUUCCCUUUAGAGAGCUGAAUCUGAUGAAGCAGCAAAACCUCAGUCUGAUGAAUCUUCUUCAUCAGUUUUUCCCUGAUAUUAAGGACCUAGAAGUAAUAGACAGUGAUACCUACAAAAUCUUGUUGAUCUUCGAUGGUCUGGAUGAGUGUCGAUUUCCUUUAGAUUUCCAGAACAAUGAGAGAUUGUGUGAUGUGACCGAGUCGGCCUCAGUGGAUGUGCUGCUGACAAACCUCAUCAAGGGGAACCUGCUUCCCUCUGCUCUCCUCUGGAUAACCACUCGACCAGCAGCAGCCAAUCAGAUCCCUCCUGAGAGUGUAGACCAGGCAACAGAGGUACGGGGGUUCAGUGAUCCUCAGAAAGAGGAGUACUUCAGGAAGAAGAUCAGUGAUCAGAGCCUGGCCAAUAAAAUCAUCACACACAUGAAGUCUUCAAGAAGCCUCGACAUCAUGUGCCACAUCCCAGUCUUCUGCUGGAUCUCAGCCACUGUUCUCGAAAGAAUGUUGGGUGACGCAGAGAGUGGAGAGAUCCCCAAGACUCUGACUCAAAUGUUCACACACUUCCUGAUCUUUCAGAUCAAACACAAGGGACAAAAGUACCAUGGAACAUAUGACCCUGAUCCUCAGCAGACCAGAGAGAGUAUCCUGGCACUGGGAAAACUGGCUUUCCAACAGCUGGAGAAAGGAAACCUGAUCUUCUAUGAGGAAGACCUGAGAGAGUGUGGCAUUGGUGUUCGAGAAGUGGCAGUGUACUCAGGGGUGUGUACUCAGAUCUUCAGAAAAGAAUCAGGACUCCACCUGGGGAAGAUGUUCAGCUUUGUGCAUCUGAGCAUUCAGGAGUUUUUGGCUGCGUUGUAUGCAUUUCUCUGCUUUCUUGACAAAAACUCAACAAAAGAACAAACUACUGCUCUGUCUGGUCUUUUCAACACAUCAGAAAUGUCUGACUUCCUCAAAAGUGCAGUGGACCAGGCCUUACAGAGUGACACCGGACACUUGGAUCUUUUCCUCCGCUUCCUUCUGGGCCUCUCAGUGGAGUCCAAUCAGAAGCUCAUUCGAGAUCUGCUGCCACACACAGGAAGCAGCUCUGACUGCCAGAAGGACAUAGUUGAGUACAUCAAGUUCAAGUUUGAACAAAAUCCAUCUCCAGAGAGAUUAAUAAACCUUUUCUACUGUCUGAAUGAGUUAAAUGAUGAUUCACUCGUGAAAGAGAUCCAAAGUUACAUGAGCUCAGGACGUCUCUCUGAAGCUGAACUCUCACCUGCUCAGUGGUCUGCUCUGGUCUUUGUGUUGCUGACAUCAGAUGAGGAUCUGGAAGUGUUUCAGCUACAGAAGUUCAUAAAGUCAGAUGAAUGCUUUAAGAGGCUGCUACCAGUCGUCCAGCAAGCCACAACAGUUCUGCUCAGUGAUUGUAACCUGACAGAGAGAAGCUGCUCAGCUUUACACACAGUUCUCAGCUCUGAAUCCUCCAAACUGACUGAGGUGGAUCUGAGCAGUAACCAUCUGGAGGACUCAGGAGUGAACCAGCUUUGUGUUGGACUGGAGAGUCCAAACUGUAAACUGGAGAAACUGAGACUUUCAGACUGCAGUAUAACAGAGGAAGGAUACACUGCUCUGGCUGAAGCUCUGAGACGAAACCCAUCAUCACACCUGCUAGAGCUGGAUCUCAGAGGGAACGACCCUGGAGCAUCAGGAGUGAAGCUGCUCACUGAUUUACUCCAGGAUCCAGACUGUAAACUAACAACACUGAGUUUGUUGAAACAUCCUGCUGCACAAGAGGCCUGUACUUGGCUAAAUUCAGUUUUAGAUGAAAACCCUUUACUCCUAAAAGAGCUGGAUCUGAGCAUGAAGGAACCAGGAGACUCAGGGGUGAAGAAGCUCUCAGCUCUACUGGAAGACUCUCACUGUAAAUUUCAGAAAAUUCGGCUGAAUAAAAGUAAUCUGACUGUGGAGAGCUGUUCAGCUUUAGCCAGCGUUCUCAAAUUAAAGUCCUGCAGUGUGAGAGAGCUGGACCUGAGCAACAACAGUCUGCAGGAUCCAGGAGUCACUCAGCUUUCUGCUGGACUGAAGAAUCCACAGUCUCCACUCAGAACACUGAGACUGUGUAACUGCAGUGUAGCAGCUGAAGGCUGUGCUGCUUUGGCUGCAGCUCUGGAAGAAAAUCCCUCACAGCUCAGAGAGCUGGAUCUGAGCGGGAAUAAAGCAGGAGACUCAGGAAUAAAGCACAUCUCGAACCUCCUACAGAAUUCACACUGCCUCCUGGAAACACUCAAACUUUCAGACUGCAGUAUAACAGAGGAAGGAUACACUGCUCUGGCUGAAGCUCUGAGACUAAACCCAUCAUCACACCUGAGAGAGCUGGAUCUCAGAGGGAACGAUCCUGGAGCAUCAGGAGUCCAACAACUCACUGAUCUGCUGCAGGAUCCACAUUACAGACUGCAGAAACUUACACUGUGGAACAGCGUCAGUGAGAAAUCCUGCACUGCUUUGGCUUCAGCUCUCUGUACAAAUCCAUCAUACAUCAGAGAGCUGGAUCUGAGUGGGUGUAAACUGGGAGACUCAGGAGUGGAGAAGCUCUGUGAUCUACUGAAGAAACACGAGUGUAAACUGGAGACACUGCGACUGAGGAACAGCAUCAGUGAGAAAUCCUGCACUGCUUUGGCUUCAGCUCUCUGUACAAAUCCAUCACACAUCAGAGAGCUGGAUCUGAGUGGGUGUGAACUGGGAGACUCAGGAGUGGAGAAGCUCUGUGAUCUACUGAAGAAACACGAGUGUAAACUGGAGACACUGCGACUGUGGGACAGCAUGAGUGAGAAAUCCUGCACUGCUUUGGCUUCAGCUCUCUGUACAAAUCCAUCACACAUCAGAGAGCUGAAUCUGAGUUGGUGUGAACUGGGAGACUCAGGAGUGAAGAAGCUCUGUGAUCUACUGAAGAAACACGAGUGUAAACUGGAGACACUGCUACUGUGGGACAGCGUCAGUGAGAAAUCCUGCACUGCUUUGGCUUCAGCUCUCUGUACAAAUCCAUCACACAUCAGAGCGCUGGAUCUGAGUGAGUGUGAACUGGGAGACUCAGGAGUGGAGAAGCUCUGUGAUCUACUGAAGAAACACGAGUGUAAACUGGAGACACUGCGGUUAUCUUACUGCAGAAUAACAGAGAGAGGCGGUGCUGCUCUGACUGCAGCUCUGAGCUCAAACUCCUCACAUCUGAAAGAGCUGGAUCUGAGAGGGAAUGAACUAAAAGAUUCACUUGCACAGCUCAAGGAGUUGCUGAAAAGUUCAGGAGGCCGGCUAAUUUAUUAGACCACAUGGGAGAAAAUGAAAGCUCUUGGGUUUGAUAUUACACGUUACGUCCCUGGUAUUAGAAAUUCUGAUCAGCAGCCGACUUUAGAAAGUGAGUCGUCGACACUGCAGCAUGACCAAAGAGAGGGAAAAAUGGAACUCGUCCCACAGUGAGGAAGCAGUGUGGACAAUGUCUCCAGCGAGCCAGACCAGGGCAGGAGGGGGAACACAACAAAAGACUGCACAGAGAAAAGUCACACCAGUAGUUCACAGAAUCUACAAAAUAAAGGCUACACAAGCGUUCCCACCUCCAAACCACAAAACAACAUGGACUAGAAAAGAACAAAAAAACUCCCUCACCAAUACGGGCUACAAACAUCCUGGUGACUGACGCUCAGAUUUCAUUCAGUCCAUUUACUGAAAAGGAAGUUUGUUCUGGUUUCUGUUCCUUUCUUCUGCAAAGGAACUUUCAGAGCUGAACACAGUGAACGUGUUUGUUUAAUAAAUAUCACAUGGACAACUUCAUUUGUAAUGAAAGCACCGAUAACCCUCACUCUCUAAUCCCACACACACUGAAACACACAUUAUGGGAAGAAUGUUAGAAAGUCGGACUCUGCUGUCGUUCUCAUUCACACACAUACAGACUUUUUGUUUUUUAAUAAAUUAAUUUUGUUACUAAAAUAUGCUUAUAAUAAUUUUUUUAAAUAUCUGGAAUAU